GAGGAGGGCGCCGUCCACGGGCAGACCGACUUCGAGAAGGCGGCGGUGGAGCUGGCCCGUCUGGUUCGGCGUAGGGCAUCAGCACCCGCUGUCGCGAUGCCGAUGGCCGCUGGCAGCUACCUAGCGCGGUUCGCCGUGCCUGGUCGCGGGCUCUGGCGCGAACGGCUCGUCGGCCAGGGCGCGCUCAUCAUGACGGCCGACGGCGACGUCUACCACGAGGAUCAGGUGCCCUCCAGGAAUGUCAGGGGCACCAAGCCGCUGAGCUGGCAGGGGGACGCGGUCGACGGGUUCGAGGUGGCGAGCGUCUACCGCUCCGAGCUCCUCCCCGCGGCGGUCCAGGCGCGGGACACGCAUUGCGAGGCGGUGGCUGGAGGUGCUGGGGCGCUCCCGCCCGAGGACUUCGUGCUGGAGCUCGGCGAGGCGAGCGUGCUCGGGAGGCCUGACACCCCUCCUGGCGCCCGCGCUGGAGACUCGGCCACGCCUCCUGCGGGGGAGCCCCCGUGCGGCGACCCGCGCGUCCUGGCGGUUGCUAGGGUCUCGCGGGGUCGCUGCGACCGCUCCUUCGGCGACGCGCCCAGGAAGCAGUCCGUGUACGAGCGUGACGAUUGGCCCGUUCGGGGGCCUCAGACGGUGCUCGGGGUCCUCCAGCUCGUGCUUCGGAUGGCUGGAGGCGCUGUGGCGCGGCUCACGCGGGGGCUCGCCUUUAUCGGGCUGGCCGAAGGGAUCGAGGCGGUGAAGCAGCUCGAGACCAUCUGCCGCAUCCUGGAGGCGUCGAGAGCGCACGUCCAGCUCGUCAUCCCUGAGCUGGCCAGCUUCGAGUGUCUGGCGCGGCAGUUGCAGCUGAUCGGCCACGGCAAGAAGGACUCCACAGCCCAGGACGCGCGGUCUACGGAGGUCGGCCUUUUCCUGGGGAUCGGGAGAACGAAGGGCAACGCGUGCAUCUGCCCCGCUCUGAUGCAGUUCUUCGCCGAGCAGGUGCAGAGCGAGGCGGCGACAUCGAACGAACGACGCAAGGCGCGUGAGGAGCGCGCCUUGCGGGCGCCAUGGCGCCCCCCGAGGCCCCUCGCCUUCGCCAGCGGGAUGCUCUGCCGCUGCCGCCCCUCGACGCGGGCGAUCGUCUUCGCGCCGUUAACGGUCGGCGGCCCCGCCGGCGGGCGGCUCGUGGCGCGGCUUGGCGCCGGCAGUGCAACGAGGGCAUCGACGCUCUCAACUGGCUCCAUGAUCGUGCUGGUGCGGGGCGUCUCGCUGGUGAGGAUGUGGUCCGCUCUCAGGCGCAGCAUGCUGUUGUCGGAGAGCUGCAAGAGCAUUGUGCUCUCGACGACCCCAGGCUACCAGAACGCCUCGCGGGUCAGACCCUACGACAAGGCCCGCGUGGCCUGGCCUGCGCUCUCGGGACCUCCCGUCGAGGUCGGCUCCGUCGCGCAGCAGGCCGAUGCCUUCCAGUUGCAGGGUUGGAGGCAGAGUAUGCUGAGAUCCGCAGGCGAGGUCGAGGAGCUUCAGGAGUCGUUAGGUGUUCAGCAACCCUACGUCGACCCUCUGCUUCGCGAUCCUCGGAAGUAUGCUGAGUUUUUGAACGCGAUGCUGCAGCGCCACGUGAUCGAGUGGGCUGUG